AUGGCACGGCAGGCGGCAACCGGGACGAAUGUGCAGGACCUGGAAGAGCAGCAAGCGCUUCUGGAGAAUCAAGGGGGCCCUGGCAACUCAACCCGGCCGAUAGCAGGAACCCUGCUGGUGGCCGGGGGGCUGGUGAGCGUCUUUGUGGUGGUCUUCAGCGCCUUCCUGGACAAUUGGCUGUGGCCAAUUCUGGGUUUGAUGCUUUUGAUAGGCCAUGGCCUGCUGCUCAAGGCCACCGCGGACAAGGACGGCCUUUCCAGGCUUUCGUCUGUGGCCUUAGCGUGUGAGACCUUGGCCUACUUGGCUUUGGUGGCCACGUAUUUCUUCCGCUCCUUCAUGGUUCCCCACUGGUGGUGGGUCGCAAAUGCCUUUCUCUUGUUGCUUGCAGCCGGAGUUCUGACAGCUCUGGUUUGCCACCUUUGCUGCGGCAGCUCGAGCACGGAAAAGGCCUCAACGUUAGGCUAUUUCUUGCUUGCUUUUGCAGACCUUCUUGUGGCUCUUCUGCUCAUCUUAGCAGGCAGUGCAGCAGUCCAAGAAUGGAUACGAUCGCUGAUCCCGACGGAAGUGCAAGGUUUGAUCGCCACUCUCCAGACUUCGACACGGAGCUUCAGGGGACCCCAGCCGAGUUUCCCGACUUGUGACCUCACCACAUCGAGCUGCAGUCUCGCAGACUUUGAGCAAAAGCAAUGGACCGUGGUCCGCGCCGGAGGAUCUACGAGCUGCCUUGUUGGGGAUUUCCAGUUCCUGGUUUACAAAGGUGAUCCCGGCAAAGUCGUUUUGCAUCUUCAUGGCGGAGGGGCUUGUUGGAACUGGGUGACAUUUGUCCUCAACGCAUGCACCUGGGAUUGGACGAGCACGAUGAACUUCGGUGGUAUUUUCGACCCUUCCAACCGAGCCAACCCGUUCUAUGGGUAUACCAUGAUAAAUGUUCCCUACUGCUCCGGUGAUAUCUUCGGGGGUGCCAAAGAGAACUUCUGGAUCCUGGCCAACCAAACCGCCAGCGCUUGGAAGAAGCAGUCCGGCUACGCGAAUCUGGAUGCAGUCAUGACUUGGACUGAAGCGCAGUUCCAGAAGGAUGGCGGCCUAGACCAGCUCACGAACUUCGUGGUGUCGGGGGAGUCUGCUGGGUCCUUGGGGCUGCAGGUCUGGGGCUCUACUAUUCUAAAUCGCCUCAAGGGCCAGUAUGACCCCAAGGGCACCUACCUCAUCUUGGACUCUUUUGUUGGGGCCAUGGUUGAUAACAAGGACCUGCUCCAACGGCAGGUGAUGGACUUCUGGAAUUUCUGCGAUUCCGGGGUGGUACCGCCGAGUCUGCAGUCCAAGUGCCACCCGGAUACUCUCUUCUUAAGGGACUUCGUGAACGAUACCCUGACCACAUUCCCCGAUGUACGCUAUCUUCCGGUGGACAGCAAGUUUGAUGAAGUUCAGAUUGCUUUUGCAGACAUGCUCAUGUUUUUGGACAACCUCUGGACCCUCGUCACGCAGGGGUUGGACAAAGUGCCAUUGUUUAACAACACAGGUUUCUAUAGUGAGAUUAGCGAGAAGCUUGCCAGGUUCGUCUCUUUUCCCCAGUUUUCGGUGUAUCUGGUGGAUUCGGACCAGCACACUUACACCGGCUACCCCUUACGUGACAUCUUACGGGUGACGCCCGCUGGCUCCCAGAACGACUGCAGCGAUCCGGACGUCGGGGAGCGCCUUCUUCCCUGGCUGACGCCAAGAGAGGGCCAGCAGCCUCCCUUUCAGUGCUACGAUCUCCUUCGAGAUUCACCGGAAUGGACGGCGAUGUACUGCUCCGAUUUCCUGCCCUGGGUGGCAGGAAAGUGCGGUAAGCUUUCAGCAGAAGCGGAGUCGGAGAAAGUGGCCAAAUCUGAGGCAGACAAGCCCGAGAAAGUCGACAAGCCAGAGGAAGUGGACAAAGCGGACAAAUCGGAGGAAGACAAAGCGGAGAAGUGA